AUGACCUUCCCCGCGCCACCCACCAAACCCCAACCCCCCCAGCGCAACAUCUUCAAACACUACACAGAACUCCUGCUCCACAGCAGCCAACUGAUCUUCGGACUGACCGUGCUGGGCCUAUACGGGAAAGACGUGCACCACGCACACCAGAGCAACGAGCACGCGGACGCGCGCUGGGUGUACGCGCUCAUAACGGGCAUGCUGGGCAGCGGGACCGCAUUGCUCUACCUGCUGCUGAUCGGGUGGAUGCUGAAGAGGCGGACGCCGCUGGCGGCGCGCACGCGCUGGAACCUGCCCCUGUUUGUGUGGGAGGGCGUGCUGUGCGUGUUUUGGCUGACCCUGUUCGGCAUCUUUGGGGAGAUGUAUAUUGGGGAUCAUGCGGGUGGGGGCAAGGUGGCCAGGAUGAGGCAUGCCGUGUGGGUGGAUUUGGUUAAUUUGGGGCUGUGGGUGGGAGGGGCGACGUGGAAGGGGGUCAGGUGGUGGAGGGGGGAGAGGGCGGAGAGGGACGUGCUGGGGGUGGAUGGGGUGGAGGGGUGGAGGGGGGAAGGAGGUGGAGGGGUUUGA